GCAGCAGCAGCAUCACAAAGGUUCAGCUCCUCCCUGCUGUGUGCUUGAUAUAGGAUGGGAGGGAGAGAGGGAGCGAGAGAGACAGAGAGGAUCAGGCACAGAUGAAUUGUAGUCUGAGUGACGGAAGCAGUGUGGGCACAUGUGAGUGAGAGGACGAAUCAGGAAGUAGAGAGACCUGCGCGCGCGCGCGCGUGUGUGUGUGUCCGGGAGAGAGAGACAGAGUGUAAAUCAACAGAAAGAGGAAGAGGACAUAAAGAAAGGAAGAAAAAGGGCUGCAGGAGGAAGCAGACAAGACAAGGAGUCUCAGACUGAGAGGGAAGAUGGCUGAGCCGGAGCUGAAAUCGAGAGGCAGCCGAGAGAGCGUCGCUAAGGAGAAGAUGGGGGCGACUGGAGCAGAGCCUGAGCAAGAUGGUCUCAUUGUGGAGCAGCCAGCAUCUCCAUCUGACCCCGUGGGUUCUCCGCCUGCUGCCACAGGUUCCACCAACAGCCUGCCAGGCAAGGGGGAGAAGAUUGAACUCAAACGCAGCAUCACCCUCUUCAACGGUGUCGGAAUGAUCAUCGGCACCAUCAUCGGCUCGGGCAUUUUCGUCACUCCCACAGGUGUUGUCAAAGAGACCGGCUCCGCUGGGCUCUCUCUGAUCAUUUGGUCCGCCUGUGGAGUGAUAUCCACCAUGGGUGCUCUGUGCUACGCAGAGCUGGGUACAACUAUUGUCAAGUCAGGAGGAGACUACACUUACAUCCUGGAGGUAUAUGGCGAACUGGCUGCCUUUCUGAAGCUGUGGGUGGAGAUGCUCAUCAUCCGGCCGUCGUCGCAGUAUGUGGUGUCACUGGUGUUUGCGACCUACCUUCUGAAACCUCUCUACCCCAACUGCGUCGUGCCCGACAGCGCAGCCAAGCUCAUUGCCUGCCUGUGUCUUACCUCCCUGACAUUUGUAAACUGUAUCAGUGUGAAGGCAGCAACCAAGGUCCAGGACUUGUUCACCGCUUCCAAAUUGAUAGCCUUGAUCAUCAUCAUCCUCUUUGGCUUCAUUCAGAUUUCCACAGGUGAGAACUUGCCCCUGUCCAUCAUCAUAUCCAUGCCUAUAGUCACGGUGGUAUAUGUUCUAACCAACCUGGCCUACUUCACCACCAUCUCUCCUCAAGUCAUGAUUGAGUCAGAGGCUGUUGCUGUGAGUUUUGGGGAGUACCAUCUUGGUGUGAUGUCCUGGCUCAUUCCUGUCUUUGUGGGACUGUCCUGCUUUGGUGCAGUCAAUGGAUCACUCUUUACCUCAGCGCGUUUGUUCUAUGCUGGAGCUCGAGAGGGUCAACUCCCUGCUGCUCUGGGGUUGGUCCACACAGACCUGUUCACACCAGUGCCAUCCCUCAUAUUCACAUGUUUCCUAUCGAUGAUGUAUGCCAUCUCCCAGGACAUCUUCUCUGUCAUCAAUCUCUUCAGCUUCUUCACCUGGAUGUGUGUUGGGAUGGCCAUCGCUGGCAUGAUCUGGCUGCGCUUUACCAAACCCGACCUCAGAAGGCCCAUUAAGAUUUUUCUCUUCAUCCCCGUUACUUUUGUGUUGAGCUGCGUCUUCAUGAUCGUCGUGUCCUUUUGGGCAGCUCCCUUCGAGUGUCUGCUAGGCAGCGGCAUUAUUCUCACAGGCGUCCCAGCGUACCUACUGGGCUACAAGUGGAAAAAACCCCAUGUGGUCAAGAAGAUGCUGGAAAUCUUCACCAUGUUCUGUCAGAAGAUCUUCAUGUCUGUUCCUGAAGAGAAGGAGCAACACGGGGCGGCUGAAUAAUGCUGGACAAACCGAGCAAGAUGAAAGACUGGGUCAAUAUUUUUGUCUGGACAUUCCUGUAAUGUUUACAUUCAUCCACAUGUGAUCGGACUUUUUUUGUUUUAACUUUAUCUGACCAGGCAGGUAACUGUGAACAUAUUCAAUAUUCGCAAGAGUGGCCUGACAAAUGGAGGAUUUGUUUUAUGAAUAUUUUAUGAAUACUGCAACUUUUCUGCAAAGAAGACCACCGGGCAUUUUACACUCCUUAUUAUGAAUUGAUUUUAAUAUUUCAGCAUAUCUCCUUAAAUGGUCAAACAUGCUCUGAUGUUCCAUGUUAGUUAAUGGAAAGCCAUCUGUAAGUGUAUGACUGCUGCAGGCAUAUAAUUACUUGUGUACUGCAAGUACACAAUCAGGAGCUGCAGUGGCCCGUGACAUACAGGUAUAUUUUUCUCCUGAAGUGUACAAAUGAAUAGCUUAGGCGGGAAAAUAUAUGUCUAAUACCACUAACAACCAAACUAGACAUAGUAUAUUAUAGUUUAGGGUUUAUAUUUAUAGUUUAUAUUGUGUUAAAAUAAAGGAUUUUGCUAUAGCUGCUAUAAUCACGUCACUUAGAGUUUAUAACUAAGGUCAGAUUUGGAAGAGGCAGAGGUUGUCUAACAAAGCACUUACUUCAUUUUCUCAUAUGGUACUAAUGUUUGUGUUAAAUAGUAAUUCAUUCUCACAUUUUACUUGAUAUUGUUUUUUAUUUAUUGGUAAGAUGAACUUGUAGCGCUGUCGUAAAGCACAAGCUAAAGGGAGAUGAAAGAGUGUCUGUGAUGUCUGCUUGAGCUGCACUGUGAAUCAGGUCUGUUUCUUGUAUCAUUUCAUUCUGAUAUUAAACCUCAUCGGCGCCACGUGUGACGAUACUCGAUGAAAACGAUACCAGCAUCUCCGUUUGUGCGCCAUUGUUGUGAGACGGCGUAGAUAUGCUCAGAUAUCUUGGUGGUGUUCGUAGUUAGCCUUAGUGUUUGUACUGAACGUAUUUGAUGUCUGUGCCAGCCGUGCCAGUGCUGAUAUUCUAUUUCUUUUUGUCACUGUAUGACCAAAAUGAAUGUUGCAACUUUAGAGAUGCUGGCUUUGCUUGUAAUUUUUGUAGGAAAUGUACCUGGAGAGAGGUUUGAGGUUUUCCCAGCAUAUUUCCUGGUCCAGUGAAGGCUUGGGAAGGGAGGAGCUUCUGAGGAAUGUUAAGGGGGAUUGGAAUCAUGUGGAGUGGGAAAAAGGUUUAUUACUUUUGCACACAAAGGAGAGACAGCCUCCUUACAAAUCUACCACAGAUGUACGUAUUGUCAGCCUACUCACUGUGCUGGCAGUCCAGGUUUCACAGGCCCCUUUCCAGUGAAGGGAAAGGUCUGAAAAAACAUACUAAUUCAUACUGGUUGCUAUUCCUUUAACAUUAAUGCAGAAGAAGCUUUCAGACAAGAACAAAAGAAAGUCUGUGAGAAAAAUGACCUUUGACAUUCUCACUGGUAACAUCAGACUUUCCGUGGUGAGACACAAACAGCUCUUCUUUUUCUUUUUUUAAAGGAACCCUCUUUAAUCUUAUUUGUAUAAGUUAAUGGAAAUGUGAAGUUUAAAUACAAACAUGUAAGUACAUUUGCAAUUAGCAUGCAACAAUAUUUCUCCCACUUAAAGUAUUUAAUACGGAUUCUUUAUUAAUGCAGAUUGCAUACAGAUUUAAAAAGAGAAUAGCUGAAUGCAAAUGCUUGCAAAGUUGGCACUGUGGCCAUCUUUAAAGGUGAGCUCUCUGAAAGCACACCAAUGAACACCAGUCCUCGAAGACACGCCCCUUACUUAAUGAAUCUACUUAAAUUAAAGCCCUGAACACACACGUGUGUCUAAAAACACACUGAUUCCAGUUACGAUGAUAAGCGGUCUCAUAUAUUUUAUUUUAUGCACAACGUGCUGCAUCGGUGUGUGUGCGUUUGUGUAAAGUAUUAUGAUAUGUGAAAAUCAAUAACGCAAAUGUAAUUGAGAAUAAAGGAAGCUCAUAUUUUUGAUUCUAUAAUCUUAUUCUAUAAUAUUGUAACUGUUGUCUGUGAGUGACCAUAGUAGGUACUGUACGUGUAAAAAAUAAAACUAUUUUGUUCAAA